AAGCUCUGGAUAUCUCCAGGAGCAUGCUCGCUCGGUCCUCACAUACUAUUUCCUGAAGCUGGAUUGGAUUUCGAAACCGUCCGAAUUAACGCUCAGAAAGGCUUUCCGGCCGAGUACGCGCAUAUCAAUCCGAAGAAGCGGGUUCCCAUUCUCCAGCUAGGAGAUGAUAUUAUCACCGAAGCACCGGCUAUCAUGACUUGGAUUGCGCAACAAGUCCCCGAGAAACAUCUCUUGGGCAAGACGAGCCUGGAUAUUGUAAGGAUGUACGAGUGGUUUAAUUAGCUCUCCGGGACACUCCACGCUGUAGGAUUCGGCGGCUCUUUGAGACCGGCGCGGUUCACGGAUGAUGAAAAGGCGUUCGAUGCAAUUAGGGAAAAGGGGAAGCAGACGAUCGCAGAUUGCUACACUGCAAUCGAUGAGACGUAACUUUUAGGGGGCCAUCUCAAUCCAAAGGUCUCUGCCGCUCCGUGGAAGUAUAUCACCAGCUGAG